AUGGCUAAACGAGGUGCUAAUAAGCAGUUAACGGACAUGAACUAUCUCAAUGAUAGCGAUGAGGACGAUGGACAAGAGGAGCAGUGGAGCGCGGCUAGCAAUAAAAAGUUGAAGGACCGUGUGAUUAGGAAAGUAAAAAGGGGACGUAAUGCUCCCACAACCAAUAACAAUGAAAAUGCUAGUAGAAGCGGAGCAUUUAAGCUAUUUUCGGGAUUCAAGACGGAAAAUUCUGCCGCAAAACCUAAUUUCCAAUCCAACUUUAAGGCUGGCGACUUUAAUCCGCCUGACUCAAAGAUUCCCCUGCAACAACCGUCAAAACUAAUAUCAUUUAAAACGGAUGAAACUUCUAAGUUUGGUUCACCGUUUGUAGCUGCUGAUCAAAAACAAUCUGAUAAUGAAAGUAAAUAUCACAAAAAGAUUGCAAGCCUGAACAGGUCUUUUCUCAGGCACAUUCAAAGUAGCCUAGAUGAUAACUUAUUGGUCGAUCUUUCACCUCUAUUUACUGAAUAUACACAAUAUAUGAAAAAGAUCGAAACGGAUCGAAGUAAGGUCACUAACACCGUCGAUAGCGUUGCUAAAUCAUCCAUUGGUACUUUGGAUAGCAAUAUCGAUUCAAAACCAAGCAUUACUAAAGCAGCAUUUAGUUUUGUACCUACAACUUCGAAAUCAAUUCCGUCAUUACCAACCACAACUAGUUUCGCUACUACUAAUUUUCGAUUCGCUCCUAGUUCUUCGGCAUCAAGUAGUAGCGAGGUAAAUAAACCAGCUCCCCCAACAGGUACUAGUGGCAGUGGUGAUACAGCUGGAAAUACAGGUGAAGAGUUUGCACCGGAAGGAUUCCUCCCAACUUCUAAACCAUUAGUUACUGAAGAUGAUGCAAUAUUCUCUGCCCGGUGUAAAUUAUUUUAUAAAUUGAAGAAAGAUGAUAAAGACUGGAAAGAACGCGGCGUAGGAACGAUAUAUCUGAAAAAAACUGAAACGAGCGGCUUGCAAUUAGUCAUUAGAAAUGAUUCAUCUCUAGGAAAUAUAUUGCUAAAUAUAGCAGUAUCGAAAACAUUUCCAAUGUCUAUCGUGAAAGAAAAAAAUCUUUCUUUCAUUACUGUAGCUAAUCCUCCAAUUGAUCCGAAAGAUGUAUCUACUGACCCUACUACAUUUUUAAUGAGACUAAAGUCAGCUACAGAUGCAACAUCAUUGCAUGACCAUAUAAAAGGAUCUGCUUGA